AUGUCACCUCCCAUCACUGAAAAUAAGCAAGAACAAGAUGACUUGAAUCUGGAGAUGCACCGUAAAAGCUCUAUUUUCCUUCGUUCGAAAAAGAAGAUCAUCUUGACCGGAUCAGAAACAGAAGAAGAAGCCAGAGCAGCCGAGAAGCAAGCAGUGAUUAUUCCAUCCAUGCCGACAUUCAAAGAUGUUCAUGCUCAAAGAGUCCACAUGAAACAAAAAUUAGCCGCUGGAUUCCGAUUAUUAGCCAAGUUUGGGUGGGAUGAAGGUGUAGCAGGCCAUAUGACAUUCCGUGACCCUGAACAUCCUGAUCUCUUUUGGGUGAAUGCAUUUGGACAAUACUUUGGUCAUAUCAAGGCGAGCGAUUUGAUUCUUGUGGAUCAUUCUGGUGCAAUCGUACGUGGUCAAUAUACGGUCAACAAGGCAGCCUUUGUCAUUCAUGCAGCUGUUCAUGAAGCUAGACCUGAUGUUACUUGCGCUGUCCAUACCCAUUCCAUUUACGGCAGAACCUUCUCCACCUUUGGACGUAAAUUGUUGCCCAUUUCUCAAGACGCUUGUGCGUUUUUCGAGUCUCAUGGCGUCUACGAAGACUUUGGAGGUGUUGUGUUUGAUCAAGAAGAAGGCCAACGAUUAGUCAAGGCACUGGGCUCCACCAACAAAUCACUCAUCUUGCAAAACCACGGUUUAUUGACGACAGGUAAAACCAUCGAUGAGGCAAUUUGGGCCUUUAUUUCCAUGGAAAGAUCAUGCCACUCUCAAUUGAUGGCUGAAGCAGCUCAUCCCAAUGGCUACAAGGGCCUCACUUUGAUUGCAGAUGAUGUCGCCAGACAGACGUACCAUACUAUUGGCGAUCCCAAGGCUGGUUAUGCCCAAUUCCAACCCAUGUACAACAUGAUUAUCAAAGAGCAACCCGACUGUCUUGAAUAA